AGCUGCUUGCAAGCUUGGCCCCAUGGCUCAGUGACUUGAUUUCCAGCCUGGCCUCUUGGUUUUUUAUGUUCUUUGUAAAAGGGCAGGGAGCAGCCAUCCCAAACCAGCUGCGUAAAUGAGUAUGGAAGAUUAUGACUUUCUUUUCAAAAUAGUUUUAAUUGGGAACGCUGGCGUGGGGAAGACCUGCUUAGUCCGACGGUUCACUCAGGGUCUUUUUCCACCAGGCCAAGGAGCCACAAUUGGGGUUGACUUUAUGAUUAAGACGGUGGAGAUAAAUGGUGAAAAAGUCAAGCUGCAGAUCUGGGACACAGCAGGACAGGAGAGAUUCCGCUCCAUUACGCAGAGCUACUACCGCAGCGCGAACGCGCUAAUACUGACCUACGACAUCACCUGCGAAGAAUCCUUCCGGUGCCUCCCUGAAUGGCUGCGGGAGAUCGAGCAAUAUGCCAGCAAUAAGGUCAUAACCGUGCUAGUGGGGAAUAAGAUUGAUUUAGCAGAUAAAAGGGAAGUUUCUCAACAAAGGGCAGAAGAAUUUUCCGAAGCUCAAGACAUGUAUUAUCUGGAGACCUCGGCUAAAGAAUCUGAUAAUGUGGAAAAACUCUUUCUGGACUUGGCUUGCCGGUUGAUCAGCGAAGCGAGGCAGAAUACGCUUGUGAACAAUGUCGAAUCCCCGCUACCAGGUGAAGGAAAAAGUAUCAGCUAUUUGACUUGCUGUAAUUUCAACUGAUACCAGUUGGGCCCCGAGGGUGUCAUGACUCUUUUCUUCUUGACAAGGCCUUCUCUCGACAAGAAGCGAUUCCUGCUGCCACAACCCAUUCUGACUGGUGGAUGUAGUCAGGUUCCCAGUCUUGAAGCAUGGCAGGCUGGCCGCUUCGCCUGCGGGGCCAGCGUAGAAUAUAACUUGGUUUAAUCUUUUGUUUUGUCUUUGAUUUCCCCGUAACGUGGAGGUUAGGAUUCGAGAAGGUGCUAGAUACCUGUUGGCCAGCCGACGACAGGUCGCCGUUUCACUUCUUGAAGAAGCGCCUAAGAACGCUUCCCUUGGAAACGCUGAAAAAUGCAAGAUCUCUCUGGCACAACACGUUUUGGAUCUUUGAGUAAGGAAACUGAAAUGCACAUUAGCCAUUAGGCGGCUGCUCUGGGCUGCCAGCUAAGCAAAUACUUGUAUAUAGAUCAUGGCCCAAAGCAUUGUUUUUCCAGGGCACAACUGAACAGUGUGCGUGUUCCAUUUCUUCUUCUUUUUUAAGUGUUAAUGUCUCCCAUGUUCAGGCACUUUCAUCGACAUGGAAGUUAAAAAUAGAAAUGCCAGUACUUUGAAACCAACAGGAGUGACGCUCUCAGUUCUUUGGGUACUAAUGAUUUGGUGAACUAUUCCCCAGGCUAAACUUUAGAUGCAGUCCAUUACUGCACACUCUGUUCUGCACACGAUCUAGAAAAAGUUCACUAAUAAGUACCGAUUGUAAACAGACCCACAAGCCUCUUCCUGUUGGUACGAGCAAAUAUAGCACAGUCCUUUUUGACUGGGUGCAUUUUAUGUGGAUUUAAAUUUUGGCAAGGAGAGUGAGCUUCAGCUGUUAAAGAGGAGCAUUAAGAAUCCUCUCUGAACUUGAGCUGAUCAAAUAAAUGUUCCCAAGUUUGCAAUUAAAGUCAGCGUUUUUGUACUCUUCUGCCAUAUAGUGGGGCUUCUAUUCCCACUUUCUCUCUUGCAAAAGUGACCCAAUGAGGGUUUUUAACAUGGUUGCCUAUUUCAGGACAUGGCCGAAACAGCCCCUCUUUGGAAUGUUGGGAACUUUGAAACUUGGGCAGCAUACAUGGUUGUCUGUUUAAACUUUAUUGUAAUGCUAAAGUUUACUGUAACUUUGUGAGAUUUGGGGCUGGCCUAAUAUAUACACAUGUUCACUAUUAAGCACAGGCGUCAUAUGCAAUGUGCAUUGCUAAAGACCUGUUUGAAGGCUCUUAAGUUGGUAUUCAUUAACGUCAAAAGCUUGUCAGACAAAGAUAAUACAGGAGUAAAACCCAAGAACCGUCCACAUGAGAGCUGCUCAGAAAAACAGCCCUUGUCAGCCAGUCUGUAAAGGAUCAACGCUGGGCGUGCUUUUAAUAAAACCGCAGCCCACAUGACGCUGGCCUAGCAGCCAUUUGUGGAAAUACAUUUCUCAUCGGGAACUGAAUGCACAAUUUCAUAGGUUUUUUUUUUUAAUAAGCUUAGGAAUAAAAUGGCAGUGCAUGUUCCGAAUUUAUUACAGAUCUUUAUUCGGGCUGUGACCCAUCUUGCAAAGCUGUAGCUCUGAGAAACGUCAAAUCGCCCUCCCUGCCGUGUAGUCGCUUGCAGGCUCGUGGUUGUGGCUCAUCUAAGUUGUCUGCUUUGCUAUCUUGGGCUCAAGUGUGUGUGUGUGUGUGCGUGUGUGUAAAAUUGUUGGUUUGGGCAAUUCCCUUGAUUCAAAACCUCAGCGUUGGAAGCAGUAUGGGAUGAUUCCCGCCCUGAUCUCCGUGAUUAUUACACCUCUAGUGCCAUGCUCGAAGAAUGCGUUGGAUUUUACAAAUCUGACGUCAAGAGAGGAACUGAAGGAGAAGACGCAACCAACUCUUUCUCAGAUACUGGUGUUGAUGUGCUUGCCCUGAAAGGUGGGACUGUGUGGGUCACUGUGGACCCACCAUGGAUUGUAAUUUUAGUAUUAAUUCGCUGGUUAUUCUGUAUUUAGUAUUAAUUAGUUUGAUAUUUGCAAAAGGGAAUGGGUGCACAGUAUGCUGAGAAACGAAGGGGUGCCAUGCCAGGGGGCAUCUCAACCAGCCCCCAGUGAAAGCAUAGACACAGAUGUGCUCUUACACAUCGAACCUUCAUUUGAAGAUGGCUUACACUGGGGAGGUUGUACCCGGUCGCUGAGAGGUGGUCCCUUUUUGCAUUAAAAAGAAGCUGCUAAAGUUUUAGCCUUUUUGAAAAUAAAGCUGACAUUUUAAAAUAAGUG